GUUAAAAUACAUGAAAUAUUUUGCAGUACUCAAAAUAUUAUACAUAGAAGUAAUAUAAUCGAAGCGUUAAGUAAAACUGAAAUACAACUUUGUUUAUCAUAAAAAUGGGCAAAACUAAAACAAAUACCGAAUCUCAAGAUGUUUCCUUGGCCGAUGUGACAAUUAAAGAAGAGCAAUUAUCAUAUGAAGAUAAAUUAAAAAACGCCAGUAUCAUAGCACAACCUAUGGCUCCCAAAAAACUCACAAAAAAGUGUUACAAACUAAUUAAGAAAGCUUCUAAACAAAAAACGUUUCUACGAGCUGGUUUAAAAGAUGUCCAGUCACGAAUUCGCAAAGGAGAGACAGGCAUUGUCAUUUUUGCUGGAGAUGUUACACCAGUUGAAAUAAUGUGCCAUUUGCCGGGUGUUUGCGAAGAGAAAGAUAUUCCUUAUACGUAUACACCAAGUCGAAAUGAUCUUGGAUCUGCUAUGGGAAUGAAAAGAGGUUCUCUCAUGAUUCUCGUACGAGAGCAUCCGGAUUAUAAAGAAUUAUAUGAUGAAUGCAAAGAAGAAAUUAAUGCGUUGGCAAUACCUUUUUAA